UUGAAAUAUUCUCAAAAAAUUGCUGCAUACGAGUGUGCAAAGACAGAUACUGCCUACAAAAACGGCAUCAUGCUGCAAUUUGGCAAUAAGCUUAGGACGUUUGUAAAUUUACUAGCACAGCAAAAAGACAGAAUAGCGGCAAGAAGAGAAAUAUUGAAAAAGCAAAAAGUGGCUGAAGAAGAGAUUAAAAAAUCAUUAAAAACGAGAUAA